AUGUUCUACAAGCCGUUCAUAUUUGUCGUCGAUGUUGUCCACGACCGUGUCCUCUCAAAAGCCGACUGGCGAAGCGAAGAGCUCCCAGUCGAUGGUAGUUCUGGGAGUUCGCUUGGUGAACUUCGCGGCUUUUUCUGCUCUCUGUGUGAAAGAAAAUCUUCCUCUAAGAAGGCGAUUAUCCGAUCCCGUAUAAAACUUUGGUACAACAGCGACAUCCGUCCGGCAAAAUCUUUCACUGACGAUGACGUGGUCAAUUUCAUUAUGAUACCCUCCAUCGGGUGA